AUGUCUGUGCUAAUCGAACGGCUAUAUUGGUUGCUGACCCUGGUGCUGCUGAUGCUUGCAUCUGCAUCUGGAACUCCGGCACGAGGCUACCAAGGCGAACGUAACGGACGCAGCUACUCCGACAUAGCACGCGUUCUCAACCCGGAUCCGUACGCUUUUGCAGGCUCGUAUGGUCCAUUUCCCAGACAACCCUUUUGGCCUUCAGGACCUUGA